GUUUCUAUUGGCCGAGCGCGAAACUUGAAUUCUUUUUGGGAACAGCAAGCUGCUGCUCGGAGCAAACCAGGAUGAAUAUUCAGCUAUCUAACGAAGAUAUUUUGUGAAUUUAACUAGACAUUUUAUGACGUUAAACUGUUUGUUAACUUAGUCUUUGCGAGUUUAAAGGAUUUGUUCUAAAUCAAAGCGAAAUGGAUAUCGCCCGUUAUCUACAGUGUUUUGAAAGCAGCUUGAACUCAUAUACAGGAGACGAUCCACUGGAUCCAUGGGACAAGUUUGUGGAGUUAAUGGAGCAAAGGCUACCCACAGACAGUGGCAGCGGGUUGGCUGUGGUAUUUGACAGUCUUGUAAAGAGAUUUCUGAAUGACGAUCGAUACGCAAAUGACACCAGAUAUGUGAACUACUGUAUCAAAUGCGCAAGUUACUGUUCCGACCCUAUUGUGCUGUACAGUCAUAUUUACAGUAAGGGCAUUGGCACUAGGGCUGCUGCCCUUUAUGUGGCCUGGGCACAGCAGUAUGAAAACAGGAGCAUGAAUGAACAGGCCGAUGCAGUGUACCACAAAGCAAUGGAGAACCAAGCCCAACCAGCCGACACUGUUCUCCAUGAAUACAGGCAGUUUCAAACAAGAACCAGAAGCCAGAUGCCAGGAUCUGGAGUUCAAAUCCCUUUGCAGACCUCCCGUUUAACCAAUCAGAUGUCAUCCCACAGAGAACCAGCUGCUCAGGCCAUUACCUCUGUGGAUUGUUUAUCCAAACCACCUACAAAUAAAACCAUCCUAGUAGUCUCCCGCUCUGAGACCUCAGGGAUGCUUCCUCCUAGCCAAGGCUCCAGUGUUCAGACUGUGUCAGAGUACAUAAAGGAUGAACUUGUCUGUGAAGGAUCUGAAUUCUGCUUUGAGGAGGUCAGAGCAGCAAAAUACUUCUGUAACCUCCAGGAGAAGAAGGAAAACAAGGAGAGAGAAAUGAUAGAGAAGAGACUGAGGGAGAAUGAGGAGAAAUUUCUGAAGAUGAAAUCAGUGUUGGAUAAACUUAACCAGGAUCUGGAGACCUGUGGAGGGAUAACCGGCCACAGCUCGUCACAGAGGCUGUCUGUAGUAGAAACAGCCACCAGUCUGAACCCUAAUCCUAUACAGCAGUUCUUCGGGCAGCCUCGACCCUCACACCGGCUGAGCAGCAGUCACCCUCUUGGCCUGAGAUUACACUCUGAGCCGACCUUCACUGCCAUCGCUGAACUUCCACAGCAGCAGAACCACAACUGGGCUGCUGACGGAAACGCCACAAGCUCAGACGUAUCCCAUCAUCACUCUGUCCUGGCUGAUAGGAAUAUUCAUUUACCAAAGACGUAUGUGUCCACAGACCAGUUGUCUGUCUCAGCAGCCCAUAGGCUUUGA